AUGAUUGUUACUUUACAUUUAAAAUUACUCCAACUUUAUAUAAAUUCAAUGACGCUAAACCGAUUCAAUCGAGUCAAAAUCUUGCCACAAAAUGAAGCUUCAACUCCUUGUUGGUUUCUUCCUCGUUUUGGAUUUUUGUUCAAGUGUUAAAUUACCGUCAAAUUUCAUAAAAUGUGAUCGCAAAAAACCGGAUUUUAAAAAGUGCGGCCCGGAAUCCAUCCACCAAGCGAUGAGACAAAUGGAUAAACCGACCAAAGAAUUGGGGAUUCCCAGCUUAUCACCCUUGGUGAUUCCCUCCCUGUCCAUUGCAGGGGGCCAAGGGUCGGUCAAGUUGGACCAGAACUACAAAAAUGUGCACAUUUAUGGCAUCACUAACCUCGAAUGCUCGAAAUUUGAUGUCGAUUUUGAGAACAAAAUCAUCGAAAACGAGUGUUUGUACCCUGAAAUUCGCAUGGUUAGUGACUACAACGUCGAUGGUAAAAUACUAAUUCUGGACAUUAAGGGCGAAGGGAAGGGCACAAUAACUUUGGAAAAAGUCCGAAUUUUGGUGAAAUACAACGUAGAAGAGUACGAAAAGAAAGGCAAAAAGCACUUCAAUGUCACUCACAUUGAGCUGAAAAUGAUCCCGGAAAGGGUUCACUUUGAUUUGGAAAAUUUGUUCAAUGGUGAUAAAAAAUUGUCCGAGCACGUGCUUAAUGUGCUUAAUGACAACUGGAGGGAGGUUUACAAUGACGCUAAAAGCAGCUAUGAGGACGCUUUUGGGCAAAUCACUAAAGAUAUUUUUAAUAAAGUCUUGGCACGUGUGUCGAUUUCGGAUAUGUUUGGCGACGAAUAAUAAUUAUGUUUAGUAUUUAUUUUCUUAAUAAAGUAUCAAUUACCA